AUGAGUAAUGUUGAUGAAUUUUAUGAAUAUGCAAAAAACAACUUUUUAAACUUUUUAAAUAAAAAUGAUAAGAAUGAAAAUAAGAAGAAAAGAGAAGAAAGCAAAAUUAAAGGAUUGAGUGACAACAAUGUGUCUGAUAUAAAAAAUUUAAGAAAGGAAGAAAUGAAUGAUAAAGAAAGUUACGACAAAAAAUAUACAAAUUAUUUACUUAAGAAAAAGCAUAGAAAAGAAGAAAAAAAAAACGAAAAAAAAAACAAAAAAAAAAGCUCUUCUUCAGAUAGUUCCUCGUCCUAUACUAAGCAGGAUGAAGAUAAAGAUAAAAAGAAAAGAAAAUAUGAAAAUUAUACAAAGAGGAAACAUGAGAAAUAUAAAGAAUCCAAGUAUGAUAAAGAUUACAAAAAGUAUAAAUAUGAUAGUGAUGGUAAAUAUGUUUCAUAUGAUAAAGAACAACAAAAAAAAAAGAAACAUUCAAGUAAGGAAAAUGAAAAAGAUGAGAUAAGAAAAAAAAAAAAACAAACAAAAGAAAAAAAUGAUUUCUAUAAUGACAGUGAUAAUUCAUAUGAUAAUAAUAAUAAUAAUAAUAAUAAUAUUCAUAAUGAUUUUCAUAAUGAUAAUUAUUAUGAUGAACGUGAUUCAAAUACAAUAUAUAAAAAAAGUUAUAGUUUAUCUUCAGAAAAUUAUAACUAUGAUGAAAAACAAAAAAAGGAUAUACAAUCAUUGUGUAAUAUUGAACAAUAUGGAAAUAAUAAGGAAGAAUGUGAUACUCAUUGUACAUCCAAUUUAAAAAAUAAAUUAGAAAAAAUAAUUAAUGAGAGAAAAAAUCAAAUGAUAUUAAAAAAUUCAUUAAAUAAAAAUUUAGUUGAUUGUAAAUAUUGUAUUGAUUCCAAUUCAUUUGAAAAAUUAAAUAAAUUAAAUAUAAUUAGUAUUAGCAAUAAAUCAUAUAUAUGUUAUUAUAAUUAUAAGAAUAUAUUUUUAAAGGAUCAACUUUUUAUUUCACCAAUUGAACAUACUACUAGUUUUACUAAUACUACUUUUGAUGUUAUUCAAGAUAUGAGAAAUCAUAUGAAAUCAUUAAUUGCUAUGUUAGAAGUAAAUAAUCAAACAUGUAUUUUUAUUGAAUUUAAUAACUGCUUUAAUCCAAGUAUUGAACUUAUAUCUAUGAGAAAAACUAAACAUACAUAUAUAAAUUGUUAUGUUAUCCCAAUGGACUUAUUAGAGAAAGCAAAAAUUUAUUUCAAAAAAAAUAUGGAAGAAAUUAAUUCAUUAUAUAGAGAAAAUAAACAAUUAAUAAUAAGUGAUAGUAAAUAUGCACCUUAUAAUGUCAUACCAAAAAAUAUUCCUUACGUAUCUGUCAACUUCUCACUUGUUGAUACAUAUAUACAAGUUAUUGAAAAUAAUUAUGAUUAUAUUAAUAUGUGUAGAUGUAUUUUUGCUGACUUGUUUAAGAAAGAUAGACUUUAUAAAUAUUUUAAAAAUUUCCAACAUUAUGUUAAUUCGGUGGAAGAGUUUAAAAAGGGUUAUGAAAAAUAUGACUGGACAAAUUAUAUGUAA